UUGUUCAUCUAUCAGAUCUUAGGAGCAACUUAGUGCAUUUUUUCUCAGUCUUCGGGAUGGAAAGAUAUUUGGCGUUCCUCAGCCAUGGCAUUCCAGCGAUUGGAUUCAUCUCUUGGGGACUCGCGCUCUUUGUCACAGCUGCAGCUCACAGACGAAACAACAAUGAAUCUCAAUCACUUGCCGCAAAGCGGAUCGAGUUCUACAGCAUCUUCCUCGGGAGCUCAGGAGUGAUUGUGUUCCACUGCAUUGUCCAGCCAACACGAAGCUAUCCCGACGUGGAGCAUAUUUCCAUGGCUCUUCCCUUCAUAAUUUACGCACUCGCUCUGCGGUGGAAGGCAAAACUAUCAAAUAGUUUUGUAAAUCUCCUGGGAGCCGCUGCUUUUGCCCAGGAAUUCAUCCUCUUUCACUGGCAUUCCACGGAUCACAAAGGCGUGGAAGGACACUAUCAUGCGCUGCUGCAACUCAUUGUGGCCGCUUGUAUGUUUACGUGCUUGGGCGAGGCCCUUUUCCACAGGAAGCUAACUAUCAGGCUUUUAAGAUCUUUUUGUAUCCUCUUUCAGGGAGUUUGGCUGCUUCAGCUGGCACUGCUGCUUGUGUUUCCUUCGGAGUUCCUGCCUCCAGAUUGCCGAUUGUUUCUUCACCGCCACCAGAAGGUUGCAUGCAGCAGCGAGAAGCUUAUCAUGCAAUCCAAAACUGUGGCGACCUUGCUUUUUAGUUGGUACUUCUCUUUGCUGAUGGUAGCAAGUGCUAUAGCUUAUGCUUGGAUUGAGAGAAACGCUAUGAGAUAUUGCCCUGUUGGCUCCUUGGAAGAUGAAGAGACAAGAGAGCUUUGACUAAUUUGUUUUAAAGCAAAUAAAAAGAGAUCGUGGAAACCUGCAAAGUUCGUAUUUAAUCUUUUCUGUUUUAGAUUCUUUAAACUAAUCCAAUG